UAAUGCAAAACCAUUCCAUCAUAAACACCACUAGCUAGUAUUGCUCCCUCUCCCACUUAGGUAAGGUAGGUGUUUGUGAUUACCAAGCCAUGGCAUCCAAGAACUCAGCAUCGGCUGCCCUCUUCCUUGCUCUCAACCUCCUCUUCUUUGCUCUGGUUAGCGGCUGUGGUGUUUGCCCUGGCCCAACCCCCAAGCCCCCGAGCCGCUCCAAGGGCAAGUGCCCCAUUGACACCCUCAAGCUAGGCGUGUGCGCCAACGUGCUCAACGGCCUCAUCAACCUCAACCUCGGCAAGCCACCCAAGAAGCCAUGCUGCUCUCUCAUCAAAGGCCUCGCUGACCUCGAGGCCGCCGUCUGCCUCUGCACCGCACUCAAGGCCAAUAUUCUCGGCAUUAAGCUCAACAUUCCCGUCGACCUCAGCUUGCUCAUCAACUACUGUGGGAAGAAGGUCCCCACCGGUUUUCAGUGCCCUUAAACUACUAGCUUGCUCACCACCCAAAUCCCCUGGUCUCUGUCUGUGGUCUUUUUAAUUGCUUGCAUAUAUAGUUUCAGGUAUAGAUUGUUUGGGUUCGUCGAAAAGGUUCUUGUUGGUUUUGGUUUUGUUGAUGUAAUGGCUGUAGCUGUAGUUGUUACUGUUGUUGAUUUCGGAGCAAGGAUGACGAAUAAGCCUGGUUAAACAACAACUUAAAAAAAAAAAAAUCAUGUUAUUUUGUGUGGGAAAUGGGCGAAGAGGGGGUGCGUUGGCGGAGGGGGGGGAUUUCAUGUUAUGUUUUAUAUGUAAGACGGGGUUAAACUGGGUUUUAUUUAUUGUGUAAUGCUUUCCACAUUUAGACAAUGAAUGCCUGCUUUAUUUUGACGCU